GAAGCUUUCCGCGCAAGAAGGGUGAUUGGACACCAGUGGUAUGCCGAUCCCUGUCUUACUUCUGCCGACAACUUCAGGAAGCGUUCCCGGCACCCGCUCUCAUCUGGAACUUGUAAGUCCUGGAGAGUUACCGUGUUGCGAAAGAGCCCGGUGUGGCCAGAAAUACAUGCUGGUACACAAGGGGAUAAGGCUAGGAGGGAUCUCCCCGAGUUCACGGCGUAAGAUCUCCAACUCCUGUUGUCUGACAUGUUCCUGUAUUUUGCCAAGCCAGCUGGUCGAAUUUUGCCAUUAGUAUUUCGAUAAAUCUUCAACCAUAGCCACUAUGACGGGCUUACUCGAAGCGAAGAUUUACAGCCGUUAAGAUUGAUCUCUCAACAUGUCCAAAUUCUUCUCCUGCUUCUCCACGAAUCACCGUCUUCCCGAUAUCAGCAUCCUCCCUUUGCAG